AUGGCGACGAGUGAAAGCCUUCGGGCGCGUUAUGUGCCUGUUUCAGAAUUGCCCACAACACCGCUGCAGCAAGGCGCCAUCGCUAUCAUAUUCCUCAUGACCGCUCUAUCGGUUUUGAUAUGGGCGCUCCGGUUUUAUUACAGGUUUAGUAAAAAGCAAAUCGGUCUUGAUGAUUGGCUUGUUACUCUUGCCAUGUUAUUCUCCGUCGGUCUGGUAAUACCGAACUAUUACUUCUUCAAAUACGGCUACAUCGGCUUCCCCGCAACCUACAUCCCUCAAACCAUCGAGAUCGAACCUGUCCUCUUCUACAAUUGGAUCAUGCAGGUCCUCUACAACCCGAUCCUCGCCCUUGUUAAAUCAUCCAUCUUGUUCUUCCUCCUACGUCUCGGCGGCCAUCGAAGAAGUAUUAGAUACUCCAUAUACGCCUUGAACGCUUUCAACAUCGCCUUGAUGAUUGCAAUAUUUUUGACAGUCAUCUUUCAGACUAUUCCUAUCCAGGCUUACUGGGAUCUGACGUUAGAACCAACCCGUCAGAUUAACGGGGCUAACUUCUACAUAUCGACCGCCAUCAUUACUAUCGUUACCGACUUUCUGGUUUUGUUGAUUCCGUUUUGGGUGUUUAUAGGGUUGAAAAUGAGGAUGGCUGCCAAGGUGGGCUUGAUUGUGGUGUUUCUCGCUGGUGGACUGGUCACCAUUGUUGGCAUACUUCGCGUUAUCGAGCUAUACAAGAUGUACUACAAGCCAGGAUAUAAUUCUCGAGAGUCGUUAUCCGGUACUCUGAGCAGCAUCGAAGUCAACCUCGCCAUAAUUGCCUGUUGCGGACCUGCUCUUCGCCCACUCUUUCGAAAGAUGUUUCCUCGGCUGUUUUCAGGACGAACUACGAACGAAGCUGGUAUCUACAAAAGCCAAAGUAAAUAUGGCAAUGGUACGGGUGGAGUUGGCUCGUUUCACCUCAAGGAUAUGUCCAGAACUAGAACACAGACCGAAAUACGUGGAUAUACGCCGAAUGGAAGUGAGGAAGAAAUCAUGACAUAUAAUGGUAUCCUAAGGACCACCGCUGUCGAUAUCAAAUACGAUGAUGCGGUUUCAACUGAUAGAAGCAUGCGGGAAGACGGCAGCGGGAAAUAA